CCACUUAUGGUGACGAUGGUGACAGAAGCAACUGUUUGGGGCCACAUCUCUGUAGUGUUUAAUGAAACCAUGGCAACCUUUUAUGGCACCCACUGUGUACCUGCUGUUUCAUUCAUUCACUUAUCAUUUUGCCAUCUCCACGUCCCUCCCAGGACAGUGAUAGUUACUUAAUAUUUAAAUAAACUCAGUUCUUAAAUACAUAUAUUUUUAAAAGGGACUUUCUAAUACUUGUAGUAAUGACAUAAUAAGAAUAAAAGGAAAAGGAAAAAUCCUUGGGGGGGGGCGCGGUUUGGGACAAGUCGAUGAAUGAAUGUGCAUAAAGUGCCAGCACAUAGUAGGUGCUCAAGAAACUCAAGCCGACUUCAAUCCUGUUGUUCUGUCCAGCCUGGAGGACUUCUUAUAGCAGGAAACACCAUGAGCUGCAUGAAUAGAGCAAAGGUGCGAGGUGGACCAGGCUUGACUCUCUUUCCUCCCUCCCAUUCCCAGGUCAGCCCUCACCCCUGGAAGCCAUGACAGAGGCCAGAAAGCUGCCCCCACCACUGCCUCCAAGACUGGACUGGUUCGUGCAGACUCAGGUGGACCAGCUGACCUGUGGAGGGGUCCCUGAGUGGUUCCAUGGUGCCAUCUCAAGAGAGGAUGCCGAGAACUUGCUGGAGUCACAGCCACUGGGAUCCUUCCUCAUCAGGAGCUCAGAACUGCUGCCGCCACUUCAUGGUGAAACUGUUGGACGAUGGGAGCUUUAUCAUCCCUGGGGAAGAGAGAGCCCAUGCCUCUCUAGUUGCCUUGGUCACCUUCCAUCAGCAGCAGCCGUUGCGGCCACACGGGGAUCUGCUGACGCAGCCCAGCCAGCAGAAGGAUCCAGCAAAUGCGGAUUAUAAGGAUCUCUUCCUUUUCUCUGACGCAUUGGCUGAGGAAGCCACCAGCUCUGCUCUUGGCCUCAGCAAAUACCAGAAUCCCUCCUCUUGUCCCAUGGACCCACUUGAAGAGGCCUUCACAAACCCAGUCCUGCUCCAUCGGCGAAAAGAAGGGAAGCCAUUGGCAGAGCCGGACGGGGCAUCCACGGAGAAAGCUACUUCCUCCUGCCCCCCGAAAUCUCCUCUUGAGGAGGCCCGCCAGAAAAUCUGGAGGAAUCUCAAGAUACUCCCCCGGACGGGCAAGAAGGUCCAGCAGGAGCUGAAAUCCCAGCUGGUGGCUGCGAGCUCAUCGCUCUGGGACGCCAAGCCGUUGGUGGUGACCCAUGGCUCUGGAGCUGGAGCAGGGGACUCAGCCUGGAAAAAUAAUGUCUUCACAGACCCCCAAGCUCCAAGAAACAGAGAUGAGCCCUCCAGGAAAGCCUCAAGGUCAGCCAGCUGGAGCGAGACAAGCUCGAGGGUCAGGGACUGGCACCAGGCAGUCGUGAGGGCCCUGUCCUCACACGUGUCCAAACCGGAGCCAAGGGGCUCGAAAGAACCACAGGACUGUCUCCCCGAAGAGUACCGCUCACCGCCACCCUUCGCCCCUGGGUACUGCUAGUUUCGCCCCGGCUCUCGGACCCUCUCUGCCGGGGGCCGUUCACACCUGGACCUUUUGCUCUCUGCCAUGACCCACUAGCCCUCAGAGACCUGAGGAAUGUAAUAAAGACAUUGCUUGGGUCUG